UAACCAAAACAUUUUAUUAGUCUCAAGCAGCUACCAGUAAGCUCGUUCGAUUGUAAUGAGAACAUAAAAAAAAAUACAAAAUAAUACAUAUCAUCAAAAUGAAUUUCAAAGGGAAAGUGGCUAUAGUGACAGGCGCCAGUUCCGGGAUCGGGGCUGCUGUGGCGAUUGCGUUGAGCGCAGAAGGCGCCUCGGUGGCCAUUGUUGGACGAAACCAGGCCAAGUUGGCCGCCACCGCCGCUCGCUGCACCAACGCGCUGGCCAUACAGGCCGACGUCACCAACGACGACGACGCCCAGAGGAUCAUACACCAGACGGUCGUAACAUUUGGAAAAAUAGACGUUUUAGUGAACAACGCGGGAGGUGCGAAGCUUGCAACUGUUUUCGAUGAAAACAUUAUGGCAGCGUACGAUUUCACCAUGAACGUAAACCUUCGUGCUGUGUUCCGUAUUACAAGCUUGGCUGUUCCUUAUUUGAUGAAAACAAAAGGCAACAUUGUUAAUAUGUCCAGUGUUAGUGGGCAUGGCGUACAGUUUUCGCAAUCGUUCAUAUCGUAUUCCGUUUCCAAGGCAGGACUGAGUCAUUUCGGCACAUGCCUCGCGGCGGAGUUGGCGCCGCAUGGAGUGAGAGUGAACACGAUAACUCCUGGGCCUGUGGAUACUGAUAUACUAAAGAACAGCGGCCUUUCGUUAAAAUGGGAUGACCUCAAAUCGAAAACUGCUCUCGAUAAAGUAUCAGAACCGCAAGAAAUCGCAGAUUUGAUUCUGUUCGUCGCUAGCGACAAGGGAAAGUCCUUCACUGGUUCAAACAUAUUUUGCGACAACGGUUUGAUGAUAAAGCAUUCCUAAGACGGCUCUUAUUCCAUAGUUGUUCAUUUUUAUUUAUCAACUAAUUAAAUAAUGUCUGACCGCGUACAUUGAGCUUUUAAGAAUAGUGUGAUAACUCUAUGAUUUUUCAAGAUAUAAA